AUGAUCCAGCCACGCCGACCGAUCAGAAUCGCCAAUGUCAGUGGCUGCACCGGUGAUGGACCCCUCGCGCUCAGGAGAGCUGUGCGCGAGGGACCGGUCGAUGUGAUCACGGCCGACUAUCUUGCCGAGGCCAACAACGCAUGGCUCGCCCUCGAAAAGCAGCAAGACCCCAACAAGGGCUAUGAGCCGGGCUUCCUCCGCCAGCUGGACCGUGAGACGGCUCACAUCAUCGCCAAAAAUGGCAUCAAGGUCGUGCACGACGGCGGUGCGCUGAAUCCCGAGAGCAUGGCCCGCGAGAUCAGGGCGCUGCUCCAUUCGUACGGCGUGACGGGCCUCAAGAUCGCCUACGUCGAUGGCGACAACGUCAUGGGCAUGCUGGAGCAGCUCAAAGCGCCUGGUAGGGCCGCCAAGCACCUUGACGUCGAGGGCAGGACGCUCUCCGACAUUGACAAGCCGGUGCUGAGCGCGAAUGCCUACGUCGGCAUGGGCGGGAUCGUGGCCGCGCUGAAGUUGGGCGCCGACAUGGUCAUCUGUGGGAGGUGUUGCGAUGCGAGCCCUGUCAUGGGAGCCGCGGCAUGGUGGCAUGAUUGGCCAGAGACUGACUACGACCGACUGGCCGGUGCACUCAUUGCUGGACACAUUAUUGAAUGUGGAUGUUAUGCCACGGGCGGUAACUUUUCUGGUUUCAAGCAUAUCCCAAACAACUACGACCAGGGCUUUCCCGUUGCCGAGAUAGCAAACGAUGGCACCUUUGAUAUCUUGCUGCAGGAUGGGGCGAGGGGGCUGGUCAGCAAAGAUACAGUCACCGCGCAGCUGGUGUAUGAGAUUCAGGGGCCAUUUUACCUCAACCCAGACGCUGUCGCGGAUUUGCGAGGGGUCAAGAUCAAGGCGAGUGGGAAGAACCGUGUCACCGUCUCUGGAAUAACAGGCUCACCACCCCCGCCGACGACCAAGCUUGCCAUUUGCACACUGGCCGGCUACCAGCUCGAGAUUUAUCUCUUUGCGUCUGGGCUCGACAUAUCCGAGAAGCUGGCCUCGCUCCGUAGGCAGCUGGACGAGAUCAUCCAAAACAAGGCCGACUACACCGUCCUCCGCGUCGACCAGUAUGGAGUCCCCCAGCAUGAUGCCCCCACCGAAGCUCUGGCGACGUGCACGUUUCGUGUCUUUGCACAGGCGGACCGUGCCGAGACGCUGGCCACACUUCCUCGAACGAUCGGGGGUUAUACCGUUCUAGGUGGAUAUUGCGGAAUGCACAUGUGUCUGGAUGUGCGCAUGCUCCAACCCAGACCAUACGUCGACUACGAGCCCUUCCUGAUCCCCUACACCGAGGUGACCCUCCGAGUUACGGUCGACUCGCAGCCGCCCACGACCGCACGGCCACCUCCGAGGACCCAGCCAUUCGCAGGCCAAAUCUCAGUCGACUCCCGCGAGCCGCACCGCGCCCUCUUGCACGGCCCGACGGCGCGCGCGCACCUGGGCACGCGGGUCCACGCGCGGUCCGGCGACAAGGGCUCCAACGCAAACGUCGGCUUCUGGGUGCUCGAGGACGACGAGUACGAGUGGCUGCGCUCGUUUCUGUCGAUAUCGCGGCUGCGGCUGCUGCUGGGCGACGAGGACCGCGGCUGGGAAAUUGAGAGGUUCGAGAUCCCGGGCCUCAGGUGCGUUCACUUUCGAGUCAUUGGGAUCCUGGAUGGGGGGAUCAGUUCCACUUGGAGGCAGGAUGGGUUGGCUAAGAGUUUUGGGGAGUUUUUGCGUAACCAUCAGCCAUCAGAAAGCAGUGCAAUGGAGAUUCAAUGCACGGAUUUUCCCAUCGUAACGACGCGGCCUGUCCAGUCCUUUAAGGACUCGCAACUCGGGGAACGGGUCGCGCAGUUUGCUUCGAAGUAUGCCUCGGCUUUGACCUCAAAUAAGCCGUUGCGGGAGAAGCCACGCGCGGAUUGUGACAAGUAUCGCGACUCACAGGAGCAAGUAAUGAAACAUUGGAGAGGAUUUUUCCAUGAUGUCGUGCACAAGCUUCAGCCGGACGUUGAUCCGGACGAGAUCUGGCUUGAUCUGUGUCGGGGAGGCCUCCCAGCAUGCAAAGCGAUGGAUUACUGCAAAUGGUUCCUCGAAGACUAUAUUGCCCAAUCCGCGCGAGAAGUUUGGUCCGACGAGUCCGACGACAUGGAUAUCGAACGGUCGAUAAAAAGGAAUCUAAGCGUUUCGGCUAUAUGGAGAACUUUAGUAACAGCGGUCGAUAACACGAUACUUUAUCGGAAAAGGCAAACCGUCGACGGCGAAGAGGCGCAUCGAUGGACCCUCAUGUAUUCUGAUAGCCAGAAGAAGCGGGGAUCGGGACCAGUAGCCGAUAUUUCGAAUUGGAUAAAAACGGAUUUGACUGUUGAGUACGAUCUCGUUCAGGAGCAAACAUUCAAGAAGGUCGGGGCGACUUCUGUGGAUGCCCUCGUCCUAUUGAGGGCGCUGUGGGUGAGCGCAGAACACAUUCCUUGCAGCCGCCAGGAUCGAGUCGACUUCCACAAGGCAUUCCUCGUGAUGCGCACAGGCGGUUUUCGCCCUGGCUGUGCAAUUUACGACCAAGCUUUUGCCACCUCAACGACUUCCCUCGAUGACCUAACACGACCCAGGAACGAUCAUUACGUCAAAAUGCGCUGGAAGAAGGAGAUGCUGGAUCGGGAAAUAAUUCAGAUAGAUUAUGCCACCUUUCUCAGGGGGUUUCACCGUUUGGUUCUUGUGGCUGGUGCUCGCGAAAAAAUAAGGCCGUAUGCAUUGCGAGUCGGUGCAGGCGCCGACCUCGACAAGGCUCUCACCUCUGCCCAGCGAAACUAUGUGCUAUCAAACUCUACCUCGAUAUUCGAAAAAAACUAUCAGCCAAGGGCCGUAAGCUUUGACCUGAUGAAGAUCACAUUCGGGGACCAUGCUGGAGGUGACGAGACCGAGGAACUGUUGAAGCUUACGCACAACAUGUCCUUCACGUGGAACAAAAAUGCACCGAUAUACCCUACCCAGGAAGAUGUCGCUUCCUUCGAACAGAAGCCCCGCAUACGCGCUUACCGUGCCGAGUAUGCCAGGCUCAAAGUUGAUCCCUCGCCAGAGGCCCAAAAGCAGGCAAACCGUGUGCAGUCGCGUAUAAGCAAAUCGAUAGACAUAUUGUGCAAGCUGAGAGUAGCGCGGAGGAGAAAGGAAUUCUGGGAGGAUUCAGACGGACGCAACGCAGAUGGAAAAAGAACAGACGAUAUGCCAAAUCAACACAUCAACCCGCGGAAAGCACGGCAUCAAGAUUCAAUGACAGCCGCCACGCAGAUUGGACAAAUACUGUGCCAAGAUGAAGUCGGAUCCACAGAGUUCAGCAAUUCGCUGCUCAACUUUCUCCGCUGUGAAGACGAUAGCAUUGCGACACUUUGUGAGGGGCUCGAGUCACCACAGGCACCAAUGCCUACCUGUCUCCUAUGCAAAACCACUUUUACAGACAGGAGAAACAUGAUACGACACAACGUUAAUAAGCAUCAAGCUCAAUUUGAGAAGCCUUUCGACUGUCCCAGUUGCAAAAAUCCUUAUACCAUCCAGGGUGCUGACGACUGGUAUCAGCACGUCUUUUAUUUCCACGGCAAGCAGAACGCUGCAAGAUGGCCGCUUGUGAAGAAAGAAGCCGACACGGCCUCGACGCUACUCACAUGCGACCGACUAGCUGGUUCAAAACAUAUAUGUUGCUUAUGUGGCCAUGAUUACAACUCGAAGAAGAAUCUAACACGGCACAACUUAGAAACGCACCACCGGGAAGGACGGUUUGACAAGCUUUUCGACUGUCCUGCAUGCAGCAUUAUCAACAAUGAAAAAAGGGAAAUAAACAAUGCCGCAGAAUGGAGCAGCCACGUCGCAAGGGUUCACGGCGAGCAUAACGCCCCGGCGCUGCCAAAAAGCAAUAUUGACUUCAAACGGAACCGGGAUGGGUGCAAAAAGAGUGACAAGCCAGAGUUAGAGGGGAAAGAUGCGAACCACAACGUACAAACGGUGGUCCCCAGAAAGAAAAGGCGAACCGAUAAGGGCCAAUUGGAAAUAUACAAAGGCAAAAAAGCCUUGUGCCUGCUUUGCGGAUGGAUCACGGCUCCUGGACGGUUCUUCUCCACGCAUCUUGGCAAAAAGCACGGAAAGCAGUUUGAGUCACCAUUUUCUUGCCCAAGAUGUUUGGAGUCGGGUCGCGAAGUGCGCAUUUCUUGCCGGUUUGGUUGGACGUGUCACGUGUCGAAGGAACACGGUGGGGACAACGGCGCUAUGCUUGUUGAUGCUGGUGAAAGCAACGACGGAGUCGGCCGCCGUUUGAAGUCGGAUGUUGAGAUGCCCAAGCAGGCUGAGGCUAUAUCGGGUGGCAAGGGAGCUUUGCUUGAGCCAGGCAUCCCGGAUACCCUCAUUGAUCCCGUUAUUUGA